AUGGUUCACGCCGACGCCUCCAAUUUCGACGAGGGCGUCACCAAGGAGGAUGCUUAUGAACAGGUUCUCCUCCAGGCAGAAGGCCUCUUCUAUGGCCAACGCAACUGGGUGACUAGAGUUAACCUCUCCAACGCUGCAGCUCUGCUGUGGCACGCAUACCAGUCUUUGCCAGCCCCGAGCAAUCGCGUAAACUGGUCCGGAUUCUACGUGCUGGACCCUUCGGCCACCAAGCCGCAGCUUAUUCUGGGCCCUUUCCAAGGCAAGGUUGCCUGCCAAAUCAUUGCUUUUGGCCGCGGUGUCUGCGGCGUCGCCGCCGAGUCGCAGACGACGCAGCUCGUCCAUGACGUGGAGCAGUUCCCGGGUCACAUCGCCUGCGACAGCGAGAGCAAGAGCGAAGUCGUGGUGCCGAUUGUUGCUGAGAAGGACGGCGAGAAGAAGGUUGUGGCUAUUAUCGACGUUGACUGUGCUGAGCUGAAUGGAUUCGACGAGGUAGACAAGAAGAACUUGGAAGAGCUGGCUGAGCUGAUUGGGAAGAGCUGUGAUUGGUAG